AUGAAUACAGACAGUUUCGAAUACCUUUACCAGUUAACUAAAACUCUAAGUGAAUCUUCACGGGCUUCUAGGCAAGAGACUGAUAAGAUUGAAUUGUUAUUAAAACGUGUGGCUAAACAAUCUAUAAUAUCAUAUGAACAACUGUCCAAGGAUGUAGCUUUGGAUGUCAAAAGAAAACACAAUAAUACUGUACUAACUGGAGAGCAACAAGACAGAGAAGAAAACGAAAUACAAAAAUUGAUUAAGGAGAAUUAUCGGUUGAUCUAUGAAAUUGAACAAGAAGAAUAUUUAAAUAAAAAGUUUAUGUCUAUGAUUGAGAAUGUGGAAGAACAGUUACAGUCUAUUAAGAAUUACAUUAUUGAACUUAAGUUGACCAGAGAGCAAGAUAUCGAGAAUUUCAUUUAUGAGAAUAUUCAAAGCAAGACAAAAAUAGUAUUAAAUAAUUCAGAUGACUUAAAGCUUAAAAAUGAUAUAACAGAAGAAAACAUUUCAAACAAUAUUGUGAAGAAAUUUCGAGAUACAUACAAAAAUUUAAACCUUAAUGAAAAAAGAGAGGAAGGAAGGGAACUAUUAAAUCGGGAUAAGUUGACAGAAAAUCUUGAACAAGAAAUUGACAAGUUUGAAGAACGAUACAAAAUUAAACUAAGAUAG